GCAAAGAAGAAACAGAUGGAGGAGGAACUCCAAAGGUGGAAGAAAGAACAGGAGGAGAAGUUGGCGGCAGUAGAAGAAGAAGAAGAAGAAGAAGUGGAGGUUCCCCUAAAGAGGAAUGUGAGGACUGGAGAGGGGGGGAUCUAGUGGGGCGCGUGAGAGAGGCAAAGAUGGAGAAGCUGGUGCCUGAGUGGGUGCCAAAUCUAGCCCUGGGGGAAGAGGAGGAAGCUAUGUUGUUUGUCCCUCAAGUAGACAGGGCGGCGGUCGUAACAGAUUUGCAAGCGGAGGAGGACCCCUUGCGCCGUCAUGCCAAGGACGAGGAGAAGAGAUUGGAGUGGAAGUUGCGCCUUGCAAGGGAGAGAACAAGGCGGGUGGAGGCAGCAGACAAUGUGGAGAAAGAGUUGAGGGUUGUCGAAGAGCAACAGGGGCAACUGGCAACGCAAGUAGAUUUGCAGAGGAAGAUAGAGCUCAUGUCCCAGAAUAUGGAUGUAAUGUUGAGGGCCCAGCAAGAGCAGCUGCACUAUUUGAGAGGCCAUGAUAUCGCUUUGCAAUCCAUGCGCAUGGGAUUUAAAGACUUCGCACGAGAGAUGAUGAUGCGUGUGGGCACAAAAAUGCGCGCUGCAUUAGAAAAUACCAUACUUGCGGCGCACUUAAGUGACGUCGGAGAUCCGCUGUGCAUCCCCAAUAGUGUAGAGAUCCGGAGUCUGAUCUUAGGGGAAUACCACGAUACAGAAGGACACUUCGGUUGGCAAAAGACGUUAGCCAACCUGACACGUGCCUACACGUGGCCUGGCAUGAAAGCUGACUGCAUAGUGUAUGUUCGUAGUUGUAAGCAUGAGAGGGAAAUCGCGAGGGUUACAAAGAAUCUGAGAAAAGAUCAGCACAAGAUGAUAGAGCAGGCUAAUAAGCAUCAUCGGCCAUCACAGUUCCAGGAACUCCAAGAGGUGUAUUCUGCAAUUGAGGAGGCAAAAGCAGACAUUGUUGGCCUCUGGGCCUUGCAGUAUCUGCAGGACAAGGGUGUGAUUCCCACCUCUCUGGAGCGUUCCAUGUACGUCACGUUUUUGGCAGGUUGCUUCCGCUCUGUCAGAUUUGGACUGACCGAGGCCCACGGGAAAGGGCAGGCAGUGCAAUUCAAUUAUCUGCUGCAGAAGGGUGGGUUUGUGCAGAAUCCUGAUGGAAAGUUUGCAGUUGACUUCUCCAAGAUAAGGGGAGCUGUUGAAUCGCUUGGAAGAGAGAUCCUUGUUGCGCAGGCAGAAGGUAACAAGGCGGCUUCUAAGCGCUUGCUCGAUGAGUAUGGGGUCCUUACCCCUGCAUUGGAGCAUGCCUUGGCUGCCUUGAAGAACAUAGAUGUCCCUGUGGAUAUUGCCCCCUCUUUCACGUCCGAUUUCAUUGAAGAGUUUACUGCAGUAAUGUGAGAAAUACGAGAAAACUUAGAAAAGGGAGAAAAGUAAUUUUUGGACAGGUAGCCCCAUGCAUAGCCCCCUCUACGUCAUCUGGAUCAUCGAUGAUGACAGGGUUGAGGGGGUGCCUGGUGAAGCACGAAUGUGCUGCACGACUGUUAUGAAGAGGAGGCCGUAAGAUCGAUUCGGUGCUUGCGCAGUGACAAGACUAGCAAAGCCCGGCAGUUCCAGGUCUCUUCGUACUCCUGUCUCAGAUCUGAGGUGGAUAUGGCUGCAGGCUGCCCGGUGAAGGAUGCGGAGAUGCUUUGCACAACUUUCAUGAGAAGGAGGCCACAACAGCGAUCAUCCUUUGGGCAAUUUUGCACUUGGACAAUGACAAGACUAGCAAGCCCGCAUUAUACUCCUUUUUUUGAACUAUGGUUGGUCUGGCUGUCUGCCAACUGGAUGCUCGUGUGGGGUGCAGUGCAGAGGAUACACACAGCCGUUGUUUUUUUUUGUUUUUUUUUCAGUUGGUCCAGUCCUGAUGGAACAGUCUGGCCUUCUCUGAAACCACCACUACCUCUGUCACUCUUGGGAAAGAUAAGAAAAAUGGCUGUAUUCCCACUUUUUCCGAACUUUUCAGGGGUUGGACGAGGCUCGGCAGUUGGGCCUUGAGGGCCCCUUCGAAAAACAAAAAGAAAAACAAAAGAUCAUGUCGGGGAAGGCCGUGCACCAAGUUGUACUCACACCAAAACUCACACGUUCGUAUCUAACCGCUAUAGUGGCCAGUUUCAGGUUUUCAUUGUUUGUGUUUUUUUGUUUUCGUUUCUUGUUUUGUUUUGGUGCCCCGCCAAGGAGGCACGGCGCAGUCCACGGGCUGCUGACACUUUGUGGAGGAGGGCAUGCCCACAGUAUUACUUCGCAGAAUGUAUGAACCCGCUUUCUCGCCCUAAGUUCAGUUUCAUUUUUUUUUUCCCUCUUCCUUUUUUCGUGGAACUGACACCCUUGCCGUAACGCCCUCACUGAGGGCAUACUCACACAACAACUUUGGGCUAGGUAUCUACCAGGCAUCACGUCCAAAGGGGUGUUUGCUUUUUUUCUUUUAUUUUUUUUUGGCUGCGAGUGGGUCGUGUUUUGAAAGUCUGGCCGUGCAUUUUUUUUUUUUUGCCAGAAAAAAAAAAAACAAAAGGAACUCAGGCUCGGCAAAACUCGGUGCGCAGUGAAAUCAGGGUCGGCAAAAACAGGCUAGGAGGUAGUGGUGGUUUAAGUUUGCAGGUGCUUCUCAUACGCCCAGAUUUUGUUCGAUCCAGUUUUAAUUGAACUGUCUCAUCUUCUCGAGCUAACAGGGUCUCAAUCCGUGAUUUGGAUGUGACCUUGGGUCAAAUUGGAGGGCUGGAGCUUUCCGCAGUGCAAGCCACCUCGGGAGUUCCUCCCCUCCCUUCGUAUUGCUUUGAUGUGAUGUGCUUUCUUGUGAAUAACAAUAGAAGGUGGUUUUUGUUGUUGUUGUUGUUCCCAAAGGAAAAAAGAUGAGCUUUCCAUGAGUCUAAAGCGUUCAUGUUUUUUGAAGAGUGCAAGCUUGUCUCACAGAGAAACAACGGAACAAUCUGCAGAUCUGAAGGCCUCUGCUGUGUGUACAACUUCAGAAAUGUCACGGACGAAUGUUGUCAGAGUUCGAUGUGUAUCAGGUAGAUGUUGUCAUGUGUGAUGCCUCGAGAAUAGCUAGGUAGGCAUUGUUAAAUAGACGUAUAUGUACAUGUAUAUAAUGCCGCUUGAAUGGGGGAACUGCUGGUGUGCUCCAAGCGCUAGCAAUCGGACUU